AUGGUGCGUGUACAUUGUCAUUUCCUCAUAUUUUUAUGCUUUUUCACAGCCCUACUCGCUGGCCCGCCUGACCUAGAUGAAAUAAGAAGGAAACUGAAGGAAAAGCCGCUGAAAGCUUCUCCAGUUCCCGAAGGCGAGGAUCCUUGGUCUUAUACAAGGUUACUCACCGUCGACUAUGCUUUCGAAACCGAAACAGUCAUGUACGAUUUAGUGAAGAACAAACCGAAAGCUCCGUCAACGAUCAUUGCGGGAAAUUUUUCGUUCGAUUCUUUGCACCACGAUUUGGCAGGAGGAAUGCUAUGCAAAUUUAGAUUAACUGAAUGCAAGACAGGAAAUUGCGGAAAUGUCCCAGAUGUGUAUGCAGCAUUCGUUCAAGGAGGAAACAACAUCAAAGAAGUUCUCUAUGAUCCAACACAAUUCCCCGGCGAGGAGCCACGCUGGAACUUCCUAUAUGGGAUCAUCAACACCCUCUACACCCCAGCUGAAAAUGGAGCAGGCGACGAACAGACUGUGGACACCCUCUAUGGGAAAUGUAAAGUUCAUUUUUCACGGCCAGAGGAUAAACGUUUCCGUCGAACGAUCAAAAAUUGCGAUAUCAAAAGCGAUUUGGAUUACAGUCGCAUUGGUGGACUCCAGCCUGUAAAUUAUGAACAGGACGCAACGUACUUACAGAACAUGAAAAUUGACGCCGACAUUGUCGUAAUCGAAGCGGUUGAGAUCGUCACAUUUAAAUCACCAUUCGAUUGGAGAUGGGGUUUCACUGUUGAGAGCAGGACCCACGUAGAGAUAACCAACCGUACCAUGCACUAUGUGAAGAGAUACUGCGAGGAUAAUCAAACUUCAGCAGAUUGUGCUGCUGAAAGAUUUGGGGCUCUUUCGGUAGGCCAUAAGCUUUACGAAAAGGUGCUACUUGGACAAGAAAGCAAGAAAAAUGAGCUGCAUAAACUGGUUGGCGAGUACCGCAAGCAUCUUUUCGAAAUGGGCGAUUCACAUACCUGCGAGAAACAUUCGUCGAUGUUCGCUCACAUCGUGCGAGAAGCACGACAUUCAAGUGAAGCAGACUGGAAGGCCGUCAUAAUGAAUCCAGAGAAUGAACCGAUCUUACAUGUCCUGGGAAACGUGCUGGGUUCGUUAGGAAAUUCACAAUCAUUGAAAAUUGCUCGCGAGGUGCUCUUCGAACAGGGCCCCGAGUUUUUGGAAGAUUACUUGUUCGGAGCUGCUCAUGCAACCAGCACUGACGAGAAGUGGCACAAACAAAUGAUGUACUGGAUGGCCGAAACAAAAGGAGACAAAACCAAACGAUUUUGGAAAAUUGCCAACACUGUAGCUACAAUCCUCAGAAGACGAUGUGAACGUACUCCAAGCACUCAAAAUGCGUGCAAAAAAGGAAAAGAAAGGAUUGUCGUCAAAUUUAUCACCGAUAUUAGUGAUUGCAAACGGGAUAGAUGCUAUCUGAAGGCAUUACAAGUGUUGCAGAAUAUUCCUGUUGCUAUGUCCUUCGAAGUAGCCCGUGGACUGCUCUGUUCCAAUCACAGCAGUGCCGUACAGAUGGCAGCACUUCAUGUGAUUAAAGCAGCCAGUCCGUCUCUUUAUGACAGUGAGCUGAUAAACGUACUGGUGAAAUUGUUCCGUAACACUUGCCCCAAUCCUACGAGCACUAGUGAAUCACAAGUGGCUAUUGAUGUACUUAUAAACUGCUUACCGGAACAUCAAAAUGUUGCCACUAUGUUGUUACGUACAGAAAGUGUACAUCCAGAUGAUCAUGAGAAAUGGCAGUAUUUCUAUAAGGCGGUGGAAAGCAGCGGUCUUCAGGAUGAAUUGAAGGAGGAGUUCUGGCAUCGUAUGCGAAAAUUCAAAGUGUUCCGACCGAACUACGCUCAACGCGCCCUCAUCGCGGAUUCUUAUAGGGACUGGCGUGAAAUUACAGAGCUUGUUGGCUACAAGCUGCACGCGACGUCUUCGGCAGAAUUUGAUUCUGGAAUGUUUAAAAGAUCAGACAUUGAUAUCCGUGUGAAACAUGGUAAAGAAGACGUCAGCUUAUUUGCUGUCUCAGUAAACACGAAUGCAUUGGAUUCGUUCAUCAGAGAGCAAACAACUCCAGCAGAUCCAGAAGCGGACGUUCGAAUUUCGUUCAUCAACCAUGCAUUGCCUGUACACACAAUCUUUCAGGAUGCCUCGGAAAUGAUGGGAGCUGCGUGGAAUGCCGAUGGGCAAACUGUCAAAAUUCUAGAGGGAAACGCGGUGCUCCGUGAUAUUUCGCUUACUUUUCCACUUCUCUCUGGACUUGCUGUGGAAGCAACGUCUGUGGGUGCAAUUUCACUCAAGUUACUCACCUCAUCUUCAGUAUCACUGUGGAACCAACAUUCCAUAUCGAACUUCAACGCUAAUGUGUCUGUUAGCCUCGAUGCUCACGGAACAUUAUUCCAUCAUGGAGAAGUGGUUCAUCGGCUGAAUACCAAUAUGGGCGUCGUCACUACAAUCGGUGGAGAUGUGGAUGUUUCAUUCAAUAGUAUGCCGUUUGAUGUAUGCAUUCGAAUGCAUCAAGGAGACGUCCAUGCUAGUUUCAAAGUGGUUGAUAAGACGACAAAGAAACCGCGGAGGAAAAGAACAGUUACGAGAGCUACAAAAUAUCCUGGGAUUACAUUUCGGCUGAACGAUGAGCUCACUAAGCAAUGCAAUAUACCAAGUACGACGUCAUCGGACCUACCGAAACGAGACGACGUAUAUGAAACUGGAGAAGAACUGUUCUUAGGAACAUGCGACAGUAGAGGUGUUGGUGGAGCUAGCGUCCUCGUCAACACGUGUAUGGCAAAGAACAUCGACUCUUUCGAACAACUUACGACCCGAAUCGGACGUCUGCGGAUGAGAAGAUGUGGUCCAACGCCAGCUUUGACUAUCUUCGUCGCUUACGCACCAACAUCAAGCUACGAAGAAGAAGUCGAAGCUCUUUGGAGAAGUUCUACCGAGAAGAUCAUGCCUUCUACAAUUUCAUAA